GUCAGGACCUAAAAUAGAAAAAAAUAAACACCUGUUUCCAUUCACACAGUGGCUGUUAAACAUGUUUGUGUCAUAUCAGGCGAACAUGGCGUCCAUGACCUUCGGAUUUCUCUGUGCGGCGGUCGUUGUCGUGUCCGUAUCGGCGGACUGUCUGAACGGCUGGACUCACUUUAGCAACUCCUGCUACAGACUCUUCAGAGAUAAGAAGUCAUGGCCGGACGCAGUGUUUGAAUGUGAGAAGUACGGUGCAUACCUGGCGUCAGUAGAGACUCAGCAAGAGAACGUGGACAUCCAUGCGCUGGUCAAGGAGUUAAAUGUGGGGGUGCUUGACCGAGUAUGGAUCGGCCUGACCGAUGUCCGAGAGGAGGGGGUUUGGGUGUGGGAGUCCACCAGACAGAACGCUACUUUCUUCGACUGGGCACCUAGUGAACCCAACCAGAAAGGGACUCAGCAACAAGACUGUGUCGUCCUGUACGGGCAGGAGCACCACCAAUGGGCGGAUGAUCGAUGCGAAACUCAUUACUACUUCUUUUGUGAAAGGUCAGUUAAUACAGCUGCGCCCGUUGUGGGCUGAGGCUAGAAAAGAAGAGCACACAAGUAUUUUGUCUGUCAAUAUUCAAUGAAUAAAUACCACCUGCUUACAAGAUAUGUAUUGUCGGACUGUUAUAAAUACAAUAUGCCGAUACUA